AUGACUAUUACUCAAACCCUUGGCGUUGUCUUUCUCUUGUUUGCCCUAUACUGCGGUUUGGACCCAUUCAACCACAGUCCCGUUGCAAAUUUCCCUGAUUUUGAGGUCAAGAAGGUUGACAUGCCACCAUGGUCUCAACUUCCUAAUGACAUAGACCAUCACAACUUGCUGCAAAACUCUACUGUUAGAUUUUUGAAGCAAAUUCAAGGACCUGAGAGCAUUGUUUUUGACAAUCUUGGUCGUGGACCUUACACUGGCCUUGCUGAUGGUAGAAUCUUGCUCUGGAAUGACAAUAAUUGGGUUGACUUUGCUUACACUUCGCCCAAUAGGUCAUUAUGUAAGACUCUUCCUAUAGAAGCUGCCACACCAUUUAGUUAUGUGAAGACUGAACAUAUCUGUGGAAGGCCUUUAGGACUCAGAUUUCACAAGAAAACAGGUGAAUUGUACAUUGCAGAUGCAUAUCUUGGACUCAUGAAAGUUGGGCCCGAGGGCGGCUUAGCAACGUCUCUUACAACUGAAGCUGAAGGGGUGCCUCUCAGAUUUACUAAUGAUGUUGAUGUGGAUAUUGAAGGAAAUGUUUAUUUUACAGAAAGCAGUGAGAUUUAUCAGAGGAGGAAUUUCAUGCAGCUGGUAUUUUCUGGGGAUGAUAGUGGCAAGGUUUUGAAAUACAACCCUACAACAAAGGAAACCACGGUUCUUGUGAGAAACGUUCAAUUCCCAAAUGGCAUUUCCUUAAGUAAAGAUGGUUCCUUCUUUGUUUUUUCUGAAGGGACUAUUGGCAGGUUACGUAAGUAUUGGCUAAAAGGAGAAAAGGCGGGAACUUCAGAGAUCUUUGCGGUCCUACAUGGAGCUCCUGACAAUGUGAGGGUGAAUGAAGAUGGUGAUUUUUGGGUGGCAAUUCACUGUAGAAGAUCUAUGUAUGCAUACCUUACUGGUUUAUAUCCAGGGAUAAGGGGAGUUUUACUCAGGCUUCCUAUACCGACAAAGGUUCAAUACCUGUUUCAAAUUGGAGGAAAACAACAUGGUGUGAUUGUGAAGUAUAGUCCUGAAGGUAAAUUGCUGCAGAUAUUGGAGGACAGUGAGGGAAAAGUUGUUAGAGCUGUGAGUGAAGUUGAGGAGAAAGAUGGUCAACUUUGGAUAGGAAGUGUUCUUAUGCCUUUUAUUGCGGUUUAUAAAUUGUAA